AUGUUGGCUUAUCCCGCAGGCUUUAAACCAUAUCCACGCUAUGUGCCUACCCCGGACCGAUACAAUAUGCAAUACGAAAACGUUGAGCUCAUUACCGAAGACAAAGUGAAGCUUCGUUGCUUUCUUGUGAGGAGAUUCGGAAAUCUUAAAAAUGCAAGAGGGACCGUUAUUUUCUUCCAUGGGAUUGCGGUGAAUCAUGGGGAAAUGCUAUCUCAAGUGAAGGAACUGUAUGAGUUUAAUCUUGCCACGCUCACAGUUGACUAUCGAGGCUACGGACAUAGCGAAGGCGUACCGUCUGAAAAUGGUAUCCGCCUCGACGCUCAGGCCGCCAUAGACUAUGUAAAGAACCACCACAUCCUGUGCAAACUCCCAAUCAUUCUAUUCGGUCACGGUCUGGGUGGGGCUGUAGCUAUCUAUACUGCAAGUAAAAACCCAAACACGGUAUCCGCUGUAAUAGUUGAAAACACCUAUACAUCAAUUCCAGAUCUCCUCAAAAGCAUGCCUGUCAUCCGCUAUUUCUCCUGGAUGUCUACACAGAAAUGGAGGUCAUCAACCGCAUUAUCCCGUCUUCCUACAUCAUUGCCCAUUUUGAUUCUGAGCGGGCGUAUGGAUGAGUACAUACCGUACACGUACAUGGAGAAACUGUGGAAAAUAGCGAUGAAUAGAGGUCGUUCGGAAAGCAAAAAUAGUGUACCAAAUGAAGAAUAUAGACCUCCUAUGAACGACAUGUUUCGGGUCUUUCCUGAUGGAAUGCACUAUUAUACGUCCCACGAACCCUACUAUUGGGAGACCGUUUUUGAAUUUCUUGACCCUUUAAUUCGUAUUUCUCAUACAGAAACGUAG